AAUUGAAAAAAGAGACCAGUUCACCUGACAGCUUCUUCUUCUUCUUCUCUUUCCCUUUCUUUCACGCUCUCUCUGUUUCAUGUCUAAGGGCUUUGAUAAAGUCCUAACCUUUUAUCUAAUUUUUAACUUCUGUUUUCUUCUCAAAGUUUGUUUCUUUUGUUUGGAUGCGGUAAAGCUUUUGUUUUAGGCUUCUCCGGCUGAGCGUUUCUCGUCGGAAUCUCAAUAUCUCCGGCGACAUGGCUUCCAAUCUCCCGAUGAGUCCUCAAUUGGAGCAGAUCCAUGGUGAAAUCCGUGACAAUUUCCGAGCCCUCGCGAAUGGUUUCCAGAAGUUGGAUAAGAUCAAGGAUUCAUCUAGACAAAGCAAGCAGCUUGAGGAACUUACUGACAAGAUGAGAGAAUGUAAAAGGUUGGUGAAGGAGUUUGACCGUGAACUCAAGGAUGAGGAAGCUAGAAAUUCUCCUCAAGUAAAUAAGCAAUUGAACGAUGAGAAACAAUCCAUGAUCAAGGAACUCAACUCUUACGUUGCACUAAGGAAAACGUAUAUGAGUACACUUGGAAACAAGAAAGUCGAACUAUUUGAUAUGGGAGCUGGAGUCAGUGGCGAGCCCACAGCUGAAGAUAAUGUUCAAGUGGCUUCAUCUAUGUCAAACCAGGAGCUUGUUGAUGCUGGAAUGAAAAGAAUGGAUGAGACCGAUCAAGCCAUUGAGCGCUCAAAACAAGUAAGUCACAAAAACAAGUGUUAUUCCCUUUCAGCUAUUGUUACUAUACCUUUUGGUAACACUCUUGUUCCUAUUCAGGUGGUGGAGCAAACACUCGAAGUUGGAACUCAAACUGCAGCUACUUUAAAGGGACAGACGGAUCAAAUGGGGCGAGUGGUUAACCACUUGGACACGAUUCAGUUCUCUAUCAAGAAGGCUUCGCAGCUAGUGAAAGAGAUAGGAAGACAGGUGGCUACUGAUAAAUGCAUAAUGAUGUUCCUGUUUCUCAUUGUAUGCGGUGUUGUAGCCAUUAUCAUAGUGAAGAUUGUACACCCGAAUAACAAAGACAUAAGGGACAUACCAGGAUUAGCUCCUCCAGCACAAUCAAGGAAGCUAUUAUACUUGAGGAAUCAAGAAUAUAUGGGAAAAUAGAAAAUCUUUGUUUGUAUAUUUAAUUCACUUUGAAUGAAAGGAAAUUGCAUCUUUGAGGUUCUAUAUAAUUCAUCUGCAUUGCGCUU